CUCGAUUCUCCCAAGGUCGUCGCUUGAUCUGUGCAGUCAGUGGGUGUGGAAGAAGCGACCGAGUUGAAGUUCUGUCGUGUCUUCCACCAUGGUGUUCGAAGGCUGUUGUUUGACUCCAGAAGAGGCCGAUCAGAAGACUCGAUCGAAGAAAAUAGACAAACAGCUAGCUCAAGAGAAGGCACAGCUUCGCCGUCAAGUUAAAAUCCUACUGCUCGGCGCUGGGGAAAGCGGCAAAAGUACAUUUCUCAAGCAAAUGCGAAUCAUUUAUGGCAAGGAUUUUAGUGCAGAGGAUCUCAACGAAUUCAAACCCAUAGUCUAUAGCAACAUUCUGAAGGGAAUGAAGGUUUUGGCUGACGCUCGAAGAAAGCUAAGGAUAGAUUGGGAUGCUCCAAUAAAUGAAGCAGAGGCCGAAAAAAUUUUAACAUUUCAAGCUCCUCCACGAAUUGAUACAGAACUGUUCUUAGAAUAUGCACAGAGUGUGACCAAUUUAUGGUCAGAUUCAGGGAUUCGGGAUGCAUUUGAACGCAGACGUGAAUUCCAACUGGGCGAUUCAACCAGAUAUUUUCUCGAUAAUCUUGAGCGGAUAUGUAGGCCGGACUACAUCCCUACAAAACAGGACAUGCUCCAUUCAAGAAAAGCAACUAAGGGGAUAGUUGAACAUGAGUUCAUUAUCAAGGGAAUCCCAUUCAAAAUGGUUGAUGUUGGGGGCCAGAGAUCUCAAAGAGCCAAAUGGUUUCAGUGCUUUGAUGAAGUCACAUCUAUCGUCUUCCUAGUCUCAUCCAGUGCCUAUGACCAAGUGUUAAUGGAAGAUAGGACAACGAAUCGUCUAGUGGAGUCCUGUAAUAUAUUUGAGACAAUUGUCAACAACAAAUUCUUUGCCAAUGUGUCCAUCAUCCUGUUCCUUAAUAAAACAGAUCUUUUGACAGAAAAGGUCAAACAUACCAACAUCAAGGACUUUUUCCCUGCAUUCCAAGGUAACCCUCAUAAGCUGGAGGAUGUGCAGAACUUUAUAUUACAAAUGUUUGACAGCAAGAGAAGAGAGAGAUCUAAAGCACUAUUCCACCACUUCACCACCGCUGUAGACACGGAAAAUAUCAAGUUUGUGUUCCACGCUGUAAAAGAUACAAUCCUACAAGAGAAUCUGAAGGCAUUAAUGUUGCAAUAAUUGUUACCCAAAGAGAAAUGCUAUUAGAAAAAAAAUAUCAUCUAUUUUCAAAGAAAGUGCAUCAAACAAUGGACAUAGUACUAACAUUAGUACAUACUUGUACUGUACUGGUAAAAUUACUGGGAUACAAAUGUGUCCCACAGGACUUAAAUAAACUUCAUCAAUUUGGAAUAGUGUACAAAUGAAUGUUUGGUGUCAGAAGAAAAUGCCCUUCAAAUUGCUGUGCCUUGUGGUGCUGCUGCUUCCUAACAUCACCAAACUCGCUGCAUUUGGUUACACGUUGCUGAAACCUUGUCAAGAAUUUGACCAAAUCAGCAUCAAGAUUGAAAAGACUCAAAUGCCAUAAUCAGUUCAAGUCUUAGUUUGAAUGCAGAACCAGUGACUGGAGUGAAGAUUUUUUUUGGUACAUGGACUGUAUCUAAUUCAAAGUUCAUUGGUAUGUGGGACUGCACUGGGAGUUUGAUCAGACUUUUUAGGAGUUAUCAUCCUGCAUUCAGUUAGGUUCUACACUAGGACAGUGAACUUUAUUGUUAUUAUCUAUGAUUAUUAAGAUGGAUGAAAGAUACCCUUUAUUUUGGGGCCUUUUGAUUAAGAAAAAAUGUAAACAAGCUGCCAAUCAAACCUAUUAUUUAGAAAAUUUCAUGCCAAAAUAGUUUGUGCAAAUUUUAUUAACGUCAUAAAUAAUUCAAUUACUCAAGUCUUGAUUUUUUAGAUAUGGUAGACAUUUACAUUGCAAUGUUCUAGAAUGUUAUCAGUCAAUUUAUAUGUAUAUUUUCACAAACAUUGAGGUCAAAUGUUGAGUAUGGCCCUGUAAAUUUUGUUUUAUCUGGCUUUUGACACCUGUCAACAUUGUGUAUAACAUUUCUUUCUGUAUGUCGAAGCUGUCAUUCUGGGCCCGGUUGUACUAAGCCUGGAUAGCACUAUCGGAUGGAUAAAUCUUAUCCAGUGAAUGAAUUUAUUGGAUAACAGCAUUAACUUAUCCACUGGAUAAGGAUUUAUCUGCCAGAUAGUGCUAUCCAGGCUUUGUACAACAAGGCCCAGAUCAAAUCAUUUCUUGUGUAGAUCCUCAAACAUUGCAUGCAACUAUGAGCAAAUUAGUUGUAGUGUGUCAAGAACACCUUAUACUUUAAAGAUAAUGUCAUAAGAGUGGAAAAAACUGCUAUAUAUGUUGAUGUAUUGGAAAGAAUGGGGGACCCAAAGAUGCCCCCUGAGGUAAUCCAUUGAAUCUCAAAUUUUUGUUGACUCUUAGAAAUAUUAAUUCUCACUAGUUGGAGACAUUUUAUUAUAGGAAGUAAAAUGUAAUGUAGAACUAAAACUGUCAUCUUAGUUUGUGUGAGCUUUAAAGCAUUUGUCAAAUGUGGUAUUGUAUAGAUAAAGUAUAUUAUCUUUUCUUAUAUUUUUUAUGUCAGAAAAACCACUUGAGUUUUGAGUGGGCAAAAUAAAUGUAUGUAGAUGAACAGGGACUGA